GAAUAACGAUUGGUGCAUACCUUUUUCAUAUAAACACAAUUCAGUUUUGGAACGUAAAACUAGCUCAAUCAUUUGCUGUGGAUGAUGAAGCACCUUCAUACAUAGAUCUCAGUAAAAUCACUUCUGAAGAGCUUAAAGAGACGCAGACUAUCAUGGAAGAUAAAGUAUAUAGAAUUUGGACUGUAUUAUCUGCAUUUGAAGAAUCGGCUGCUGGUUGUAUAUCCGACAUGUUACUUCAUGUCUCUGAAGGCAGUUAUGCUGAAGGUGUCAAAAUGGCAGACUAUUUUGUGACUCAUGUCGAUGUCUUGUUUACAGCCAUUGAUGACUUAGCCUGUCAUUACUACCAACAAACACACCAAGAAUUACUCUAUGAUCGUGAAUCCAGCAUGCUCUGUAAAAAAGUGUCUAAUUUCUUUUCCCUCUUGUCUCAUACACAAGAAAGUGGACUUCGCAAGAUUGGAAUCACACAAGACUUGUUGUCUUUAGUGACAGGACUAGCUCAUUACUUGAAAGUGUUGAUCCGUAUUGGUCUGACAGGUGCCUUGCAGUUGGAAAAAAAGCAUGAUACCAAAUCAGUAGCUACCAGUCGUUUCUUAAGUCAAUUGAUGGAACUAGCCAAUAAGAAGAGACAAUUCCUGCAUGAAUCCGAAUACAAUGUAUCCUCGGGUCUUUGUCAAGUCUGUCGUGAACAAUGUGAAGAUGCAUGUUUUCGACACAAGCAUACAUUAUGGCAUAGUGCAUGCUUUACCUGUACUCAAUGUACUCGGUCACUUGGCAAUGAGUACAGUGAGGUGUAUGUUCAAGAGAACAACCUUGUCUGUCAAAGAUGUAUUGUCAGUAAAGAAGGAUAUGAACAAGGUGUGGAGCGUAUCUCGAAAUUGAAACAGUCUUCUUUCUUGUUAAGUGUGGCUUUACAUAGACUCUAUCGCUUAUUGAAUGUGCCUGAUCCUACCAGUAGUUAUUAUGGUCAUGCCAAUGAACCCACACAGAUCCAACAACAAAUGCAAAUACAACAACAACAAAUGCAGCAAGUUCAAAAACAAAACUUUGCGCCUCCACCUAUCCCUCCAGUCCCUGCUCAUCAUGAAGAGAUCAACUUGAACGAUAUCAAACGCAUGAAAUCCACACAUAUGAACCGAAAGAUCACCAAUUCGCAUCGUGUUGGCAAACGCUCCACUUUGAUGGAAACACCUUUGCCUGCCACUGCCUUUGCUUCUACUGAUGAUCAGAACGAGAGUCGACCUACCAGUGUAGUCUCUGCUCAUCAAGUCAAACGAGCCUCUCAACCAAACGAAAUCGAAGGCAGCGACAUGCCUGGUUCUCAACGUCAAACACGCCAUAAAUACACGAAAUCAGUGCCUAUGGCCAAAAGCUUUUAUUUUGCUGAACUAGGCUCACUUCAACAUUUCAUGCUGAAGCAUAUCGCCGUCCUUUAUUUAGAGGAAAUGUUGCAUGAUCAUUUUACGUUGGAAGAAUUGGCUGACUUGAUUGAUGACCGCAAGAAUUCUACCUUAUGGGGUAAAUUUGUCACCAGUUUAAAAGCGGGCGGCAACAAAAAAGUACCUCGUACAAAAGAGGGCACAUUUGGUGUUGCUAUUGAUGUACUCGUGGACAAGAAUGGUAUUGAGUCUAAUUUGGGUAUUGGUCCAACCCGUAUGAUCAAAAUCCCUUCUUUUAUUGAUGACUGUGUGUCUGCCAUGAAACAAAUGGACAUGUCUGUCGAAGGUAUCUUUCGAAAGAAUGGUAACAUUCGUCGCCUUAAAGAACUAAGCGAAGAAAUUGACAAGAAUCCUGCUUCUGUUCAAUUGGCCAAUGAAACACCUAUUCAAGUGGCUGCCUUGAUCAAAAAGUUCUUGCGAGAAUUACCUGAUCCUCUCUUGACAUUCAAGUUACAUAGACUGUUUAUUACUGCACAAAAAUUGGAUUCUGAAGCGGAUCGUAAGCGUGUCACUCAUUUAGCUUGUUGUUUAUUGCCCAAAGCAAACCGUGAUACAAUGGAAGUCUUGUUUACUUUCAUGAAAUGGGUUUCUCAAUUUGCAGAAGAUCCUUCAGGAAGAGGAGGUGGUGGUAGCAAGAUGGACAUUACCAACCUGGCUACAGUGAUUGCACCCAAUAUUCUGUAUGCUAAAAGCAAAGAUCCUAUGAAGGACGAAUCAUUUUAUGCGAUUGAGACCAUCAAUAUCAUGUUACAAAAUGCAGAAGAAUUCGCCACUGUGCCUGAAGACUUUAUUCCCUUAUUGCAAAACUUGUCUUAUGAAGAAGGCGAUAUGGACAUGAAUGUGCGACACAUUUUGAAAAAGUGUGAAAUGGUCAUGAAAAUGAAGCGAUCUCAAUCAGCAGGUGGUCCUAUUCCACCUCAAUUACCUAGACAGCACUCUUCACCUGCUGCUGUCUUAUCUAAUACUAUGAAUGAAUACCCACCACCUUCUGAACCUCAUUAUUUGUCAUCCUCUCCUCAAGAACAUCCUUAUUGGUUAGAAGAGACUCUAUAUCACCAAAAACCCAUUGGUGCUGCUGUUACAGCUGCAAGUACAUCUGCUAUACCUAUUGUGAGAUCACAGUCUUCUUCUCAACUAAAUGGUAAUGAAGGAAAUGAUUUACUUGUCAAUUAAAAAAGGAAAAAAAAAAAGAUAUUUUAAAGUUCUUCAU